AUUAAAUUGUAUAACAAUACUAUGAAGUAAGUAAAUAUCGAUUAGAAUUAGAUAAAAAAUCAAACUUCACGCGUAUACAAAAUUUAUGAAUAAAUACUGAUAAUUCUUAGAUAAAAAUGAUGAAUUUAAUAAAUUAUCUGGUUACCAUAACAUAUUCUAUAUCACGAUAGAAUAAAUAGUAUUAAUAAGAAGUGUAUCUAUUGAAGAAUCACGUGUUCAAGAACAAUUAAAAGAUAUAAAAUGAUCAUCCGAAAAAAAAUUUGGCCUCGUACGUUGAGUGAUUUUUUUUCUAUGACUUUUAUAUUAACAAUUGUACCAAUAAUAUAUUGGUUUGAAUUAUGGGUAGUGCUACCAGCAAUAUAUGAAUAUGGAUCAUUAUCAUAUAUUUUGCAUUUCUUUUUUGGAAAUUUUAUUAUGCUAAACAUAGUCGGAAAUUUUACAUACAUAGUUUUUUGUGAUACUAGCACCAGAAGAGAUAUUAUGCCAAUAAGUGCUGCAAAUACAAAAAAUGGUUGGAGACUAUGUGCUUUAUGUGAAACUCUAGCACCUCCUCGUUCAUGGCAUUGCUCUAUAUGUAAUAUUUGUAUUUUAAAAAGAGAUCAUCAUUGUAUUUUUACUGGAUGUUGCAUUGGUCAUUUUAAUCAUAGAUAUUUUAUUAUGUUUCUUCUAUAUUUAUUUAUAGCAACAACAUAUAGUUUUUGUUAUAAUAAUUUGUUUAUUUGGAAUAGAAUACAUUUUGAAUUUCCUAUAUCACUUAUUAAAAUUAUCUUUCCUAUAGCAAUAUUCAUUUUUGGAUUUGAUGGCUCUAUAAAUCAGUUUUAUUUGAUUUUAUAUAUUGUAUCUGCAGUAGGAAUGUUAUACACUGGAGUUUUGUGGAUUUAUCAUAUUUGUUUAGUGUUUAAAGGUAAUGUAGCUAAUGAGAAUAAUAAGAAAAUACAUAUAUAUGAUUUAGGUUGGAAACAAAAUAUAAAAGAAGUAUUAGGUGACCGAUGGUAUCUUACAUGGAUACUUCCUUAUAUAAAAUCUCAAUUACCACAUAAUGGUAUAAUAUGGGAUACAUCAAACUCAUGGUUUUAUACAAAUUCUAAAUGGAAAUAAAUAUAAAUUAUAUAAAUAUUUUAUGAAUAUUUCAUAAAUAUUUCGUAUCUUUAAAUUAUAAUUAUAAAAAAAUUAAUAAAUUUGUAAAAUUUAUAAAAACAAAUUUGUUAUUUUCUCUCUCUUAUUAAUUAAUCUUUAUUAUAUAUAUUACAAAGCACAUAUUGUUAAAUGUAAUAUAAUACAUUUAAAAAUAUAUUCUUAAAAUCAGAUUAAAAAUCAUAUGGUUUAUAAUUUUUAUCCUAAUAAAAACUAUAAUAUUAGUUUUCAUUUUCGUUGAAAAAAUUGUAGAAAUCUAAAAAAAUAUUAGAAUAAAUAUAUUUUAUCAAAAUAUUGAGUUUGAUUUUAAUAUUUACACAUAAAAGUUUAAUUUAGUUUAUCUAAUAAUUGUCAAUCUUACAUAUAUUAGGAAAUUUUUAUGUAAUAAUUUGUAUUAAACAUAAUGUAAUUUAUAUUAAUGUAUAUUGUACAUUGGUAAGACUAGUUUUAAAAGCAUUGAUAUUAAUGUUACAUAAUGUUACAUAAUUGUUAUUUAAAUAACUUUUACUAUAUAUUUUUUAAUUUAAUACAAUAAUGUUAAAUGUAUAAUUUAUAUUGAGCCUUAGAACUUGUAUUUAUUAAUAAAUUGUAAAGAAAAUUAUGUCAUGUAAAGAAAAAAUAAUCUCAUUAUAAAAUUUUAUACAUUAAGCUUAAAUAGAUAUCACAAUAUCUUUUCCAUUCUAACAUAUAAUCUCAAAUACUUAUAUUUUAUAUAUAAUAUAUUGCAAACAAUAUGUAUUAUUAAAUUAAUAUAUAGUAAAUAUGUACCAUAAUAUUUUAUGAAUUAUAAUUUUAGUUAUUACUAUUUCAAACAGUAAUUAAAACCAUAUAUCUAUUGAUAUUAUAUUUUUGUAAAAAAAAUUAUAUAAUUAUGGAAAUAAUAUAUGUACAAUAUGUUUAUAACACACUAUACUUUCACAAUUUUCUUAUUAAUUUUUUAAAAAUGUAUUUUUCUUAAAUUUUAAAUAUUUUGAUUAACAAAAAUAAAAAUCACAUUUCGCAAGUAAACUAACAUAAUUUCGUUUUCUAUAAGUUCUUUUGACUGCAAAUUUUAUGCAUACUAAUAUGAGAAUAAUAGCAGAUGCAACAUAUAACACAACACAAAUACUUAUGUCAAAAAUUGUAAAAUCCCAUCCAAUUUUCUUAUUAUUUGUAUAUUUAUUUAAUACAAGUCUUUCAUGUCUUAUUUUCAUCUUAUUAUCAUUAUUCUUUUGUGUGUUAACUGAAUUAUAAUAAUUUAUUUUUUUAUAACUAUACUUUGUUUUAAGAUAAUGUAAAAUAUUUUCUUCAUUCCAAGUAUUAUUUUCAUAUCUACAAUUUGGACAAUAUAUUUUUGCUGGAUAUUGAAUUUUUUUAUAUUCUGGAUCUUCUGUGUUAUCACCUGAUAGCCUUGCAUUUACUUCAUUAUGAGCAGACCAUAACCACAAGAUACUAUCAUUAAUAUUUGAUACUUCAAACAUUUUAUUUUUUGAAGCCAUUUGAACAAAAUGUUGAGAACAAUCAGCACAACCAAAAAAAUAUUGUAUGUAUCCAUACAUUGCUUCUAAUAUUUUUCUUGGCUCAUGUUCAGCAUUUUUAUUUAGAAUAGCAAAGUUAACUGUUAACAUAUGAAACAUUGUCCAAAGACCACAAGGAUAUCCACGAUAUUCUUCUUUACUUCCUUUACAUCCAAUCCAUUUUGAUGGUCCAGAAUAUAUGGGUGACAUUUCUUCUUCUAUAGAUUUUACUAUUUGACUAAAUUCUUCUCCAGAUAUAUUACUUCUUUUUAGAAUAAUAUCUCUAAUAGUUUCUAGAAAAAUGUUACCAUAUUUUAGAGGAAAAUAUUCAGCUAAUACAUUUAAAUAUUUUUUUAAUGCAUCCAUUUUUUUAUCUUUUAUCAUUUUAUGUAAUGGAAUUUCAUGAGAAAUUGAAUAUUUUAAUGUAUUUUCCAAAUCAAGCUGAUAUAAAUGGUCUUCAUUUUUUUCAGUAUUUUUUUGUUGCUGUUCUAUUACUUGUAAUUGUUUUGUUGUGCUAAUACUUAAUUUAUGAUUUUCAUUUUUUAUUGAAUGAUUUUUGAAAGUAUUUUCAUGAAUAAUUUCUCCUUUAGAAGUUAUAAAUUCUUUAAUAACAUUAUAAAUACCUUGCCUUGUAGGUAUUCUAAUUUUAAGAUUUUUUUGUGUUUCAUUACGACCUAAAACUAUUAGACUUGGAAAAUUUGUGAUUUUAUUUGUUUCACAUAAUAAUUCAUUAUCAGAUAAUACUCUUCUCAUUUGUAAUAUUUUAAUUUUAUGUAUAUCUAAUAUAACUUCUGCACCCAAAUGCGAAUCUGUUUUUUCAAAUAAUAAAAAGAAAUAUU